UUACUACUUUUUUACAUUUUUAAAAUAAUCUAAUUGUCAUUUAAUUGGAGGCCCAGUACUUAGCUUACCUCUGAACUAGCCAGAACUAAAUCUAGAACUAACUGUGAAGUUCUUGCGUCUCUUCUGGGAAUCCCUGAGGACUAAGCAUCAUACAAUUGCAACUCCCUAACUAACAGAACUUUUGUGUAUACAAUAAGGAUAACAACAUGCAAGUCCUGCCAUUGAAGGUUCUUGAGGCCCAAGUUUGUUCCCAUUGUUACAACUACCUUACCAUAUUACCAGUCACUCAGACCGAUGAUGGAAAAAUCUUUUGCGGAAGAAAGGCUUGUCGUCAGAACCAGGCAACUCCAUCUCUUCUGAAUACUGUAUUGGAUUUCUUUCAAUUCCCUUGUGUAAAUCAGUUGGAUGACUGCAAAGAAUUAUUGGAGGUAAAAACAUCUAAAGUCCAUGAGCAUAUAUGUGUAUUUAAACCUCACGAAUGCUUUUUUUGCUCCUAUGAUGGAAACUGGGUGCAAAUCCUUAACCAUAUCAAAACUGAACAUCCGUCAAAGGUUUCGCCGGUUUGUCAGUUUAGCUUUGAAGUUGGAGCAGAGUCUUCUGAUGUGUUUUUAUAUCUUACCGAUGAUGGUGGCAUUUAUCUUAUAUCUGUUAAUGUAUCUAGUGCUAAACUUGAAGUUACCAUAAAAACACCCACUAGUUGCGACGUCUCAAUCAAACCAAUCAGAUGUAGUUACUCCUUAAAUUCUUACUACGAUGAUAACACUUUAGUAGAGUACAAUUAUUUUAAUAGUAGCUCUAAAAGUUAUUUUGACAAGAGUAUAGAGGAGCUGGCGUUCUGUUUUAAACUUGGUGCUUUGGUAACUUGCCACAUAGCAUUCGGCUCCUUAGAUCUUUCACUCAGAGAAGUUGAGUUAACAAAAAAAGAUCUAUGGCUAAAAGAACUUAUAAAUACCCAAGCGAAUAGUGUUUAUAACAAACAAAAAUCUCUGGAUGAAUUCGACGCUAGUCUAAAGAAACAAAACGCCAAUAUAGAAAGAUUUUUGUUAAUUCUGAGGCAGCUAGUACCAAGAGUUUUUCAGUGCAAGCAAUGUGAUAAUCCAAUUAAUACUGAUGUUGUAUUUUUUUGUGCAAAUGGACACGGUUAUUGUAAGGAUUGUGUGCCCAAUAAAUGUAAAGCAAGUCAGUGCGUGGGAUGCACGAAUUUUGAAAAAAUAGAGGAAUUGGCAAACAUUUACCUGAAUUGUGAAUGGGAUAACUGUAAUAAAUCCAUUUCUUUGCCAAGAUUUCUUGAACAUAAACGCGAGUGUUCUCAAAGGCCAUAUGUUUGUCCGGUAACUAAAUGUUUUGUAAAAUUAUAUUCUUCUGUGGCUUUACUGGACCAUUGGCAUUCGAAUGUAAAAUUAGAGACUGAAUACCCUUUAGGGUUCAAUUACGGUGUUUAUAAUUUUUUUUGGCUUAUUAGAAAUGAUUUAUAUAAAGUCUAUGUAAACUUUGAGGAAACGUAUGGAUUGGUUGAUAUUGAAGCUGCUAAUAUUGUUGCUGUUAAAAUGUUAAAGUUUGAAAUAGAAUGCGAGAAUAAAAAUUUUCAGUUUUAUGAGAAAAUACGCAAAAAUAAUUAUGAUAAACAGGUGUUUCAUUUUAAAGUCAUAUAUAGUUCUACAGGUUAUCAAAUCUCGAAAAGCAAUACACGGGUUUUAUUAAAAAUUUCUUUAAACCCUUAAUUGAAUGUCUUUUAGAUAUUUAGUAAGAUUAUGAUUAUAAUUUCCUUCUUAUAUUAUUAUAUAAAAAUACUUAAUAAAUGUUUCUGUUCUGUCAAGUUUA